UAUUUCGCAACCACUUUCGUAAAAUGCGCUUGUGGAGAAACUGCGCAUGCUUCUUUAUAAAAUAAAGUACAUGCUCUUAACUCAUAGUUAGAUUUCUCAUAGAGGACAUCGUUUGUUACGUACAGCUUUUCGUGUAUAUCUUAUAAUGAGUAUUGCGAAGUCAUUUUACGAUUUAGCUGCUAAAUCUUUGACAGGGGAAAUAAUUAACUUUUCCAAAUACGAAGGCAAGGUUGUACUGAUCGAGAAUGUUGCUUCGUUGUGAGGAACAACAGUACGGGACUAUACCCAAAUGAACGAGCUCCUCUCCAGAUAUGGCGACGAUCUUGUAAUUUUGGGGUUCCCGUGUAAUCAGUUCGGUCACCAGGAAAAUGGUUGCAAUGGGGAAAUUAUAAACAGUCUUCGAUACGUCCGACCAGGAAAUAACUUUGAGACUAAAGCCACGAUCUUUGCGAAAGUUGAUGUCAACGGAGAUAAAAGCCACCCAGUAUUUCAAUACUUGCGACAUCAUCUUCCCACUCCCCACGACGACCCCGUUUCAUUUGUGAAGAACCCACAAUGCAUCAUCUGGUCUCCUGUGACUCGUGGUGACAUCAGCUGGAACUUUGAAAAAUUCCUGAUCGGUAAAGAUGGCCGACCUUUUCGUCGAUAUGGCCCUCGUUAUCAAACAAUAAGCUUAGAUUCUGAUAUUGCUGAGUUAAUAAGGAAAUAGAUACAUGUAAGCUGUUAAGUAAAUAUAUUCGCUUUUCACUUGGUAGUAAAUCUAGCUUCAGGAACAACUAACUUGGUCCAUAAAAUAUGAAAGCCAGAUAAUUUCUUUGACAUAAAUGUACUUAAGGUGUUCUUGUAGAUGUAUAAAACUCGCACAAAGUCAACUUCGUGGUAAGGAAGUCGUAUGAUGACAGUACUUGAAACCUUGGCAAAGUAUUGGUCUGAUGUUUCCUUGUUUACCGGAUGUUGAAGUGUGUACUCUGUAAAUAAAGAAAAACGUACUCUCCUAAAAUAUUUUUCUUUAUAUUAAUAAAUCCAGUGUAUUAUCAGUUUUAUAAAUAUUGUAGAAAUGUAUUGGUAUUAGUAUCGAAAUAUAUGUUGAUUAAGCAAGUUAAUAAAAUAAUAAUAAUCAUUA